AUGGAUGAAUUUCAAGUUUGGUUGAAUUGUUUGGUGAUUUUUUGUGUGAUUUGGGCAUGUCUUUGGCUUCAGCAACAAUAUGUCAAAUAUCAACGUGAACAAGAAUUUAAAAAAUAUACUUAUUAUCCGAUAAACGGACAAUAUCGUCAUUAUUUUCCGAAGAAAAAAGGACAACGUAAAAAUGCUAAACAAUCACCGCAAAAACAACAGAAAUGUGAGUUUUUGGGGGAAAAUUUUGGGUUUUUUGAGUCUACAUAAGCCUAUAGUUUGAAAAUUAGGUUUUUUUUGAGUCUAGAUAAGCCUAUAGCCUAAAAAUUAGGCUGUUUUUGAGCCUAGAUAAGCCUAUAGCCUGAAAAUUAGGCUUUUUUUGAGUCUAGAUGAGCUUAUGUUCUGAAAUUUCGGGAUUUUGUGAUCCUAGCCUUAAUGAAAAAAAAUCUUAUAAUCUGAUUUUUUUUUGGAUUUUCUGAAAUUUUCAAAAAAAAAAUAAAUGGUUUUUGAUUUUCAAAUUUUUCCAGAGAAAAUUGGUUUCAGGAAUUUUUGAGGUGAAGUUCAGAAAUCUGGAAAUUUUCAAAUUAGAAACGAUUCUAGUUUAGAGUCUAGUUUGAAAAAGUCUAGUCUAGCCUAAGAAAUUAAGAAAACAAUUUUCAGACUUCUAAAGCCUUCUGAAGCUUUCUGAAGCCUCCUGAAGUCUUCUGAAGCUUUCUGAAAUCUCCUGAAGCCUUCUCAAGCCUCACGAAUCCUGAUAUAUUGAUUUUUUCAGGUUAUCCACAAUCCAAAACUGAAUCUCCAAAAAAGAAUGAACCAGAACUAAAAUUGGAUUUUCAAGAAUACAUCAAAAUCCACGAGUAUGUCUCCAAAAAUCUUCUCAUCUCCAAAAAAAAUCUCCAAAAAUUGGGAUUCCCAUAUUAUGAAAGGAAAAAUCUGAAAAGUGUCAAGAUAAAUCCGACGAAGUAUAAUCGAGCCAAAAAAAUGUGGGUUGCGGAAGGCGAAAAGAAACGAAUCUGUUGUAGAUGUCAAAUGAAAUUCCGAGUUGAUUGGAAUGGAAAAAAUGCGAAUGAAAAAUGUGUUCAUCAUCCUUUGCGCAAAGUUUUUGAUGAAGGUUAGUUCUGGCUAAAAAUCUAAAAAUCUCAUCUCAAAUUAAUUUCCAGCAACUUUCCAAGACAAACAUCCAUGCUGCAAUCGAAACAUCGGAAAACCCGGUUGCAUCACCAACAAUCUCCACGUUUUCGAUCAAUUAUGCGUAAGUGUGCUCAAAGAUUUCACAGUGGCUCCAGAAGUUGCGGACAUUUUCGAGCUAAAAAGUGUGGCCAUUUUUGCGUUUGAUUGUGAGAUGGUUUAUACGGAUCAGGGGCCGGCACUGGCCCGGCUUAGUGUUGUUGACUGGUUCGGGAAGUUGUUUUUGGAUGUGAGAGUUAGGCCAAGUGGAAUUUUGUUGGAUCCGAAUACUAGAUUUUCUGGGUUGACUGCAAGAGAUGUGGAGAAUGCUCAGGAUACUUCUGAAACGGUUAGUUGGAUUUUUGGUUUUUAGGGUUGGGCUUAGGCUUCUUGGGCUUAUGGUUAGGCUUAGGCUUCUCAGGCUUCGUUUUUCGAUCCUCAGAUGUUUUCUAGAAAAAAGGUUCUUUCCGGAAAAUAUUUUUCUGAAAUUCUGAAUUUUAGAAUUUCCCGAAUUUUUUGAAAUUCUUGAAUUUCAACAAGAAAAAUUUAGUUUCAAGAAAUUUUGAUUCAGAUAAAGUCUAGUUCAAUAAGUCUAGUUUAGAAAGUCUAGUUUGUGAAAGUUUAGGCUUCUGAAGGCUUCUGAAAACUUCGAGAGGCUACUGGGGGCUUCUGGAGGCUUCUAAACCUCCUAUGCUCGGAAAAAUUCAUUUUUUUCCAGUGUCGCGAAAAACUCUUCGAAAUUAUCAAUCAAGACUCAAUUCUAGUCGGACAUUCCCUCGAAUGUGAUUUAAAGGCGCUUCGACUUUCGCACAAUCGAAUUGUCGACACUUCCCUACUCUUCCAAACCGGAAGAAAUAAACCGUCACUACGAUAUUUAGCGCAAUCAAUUCUUGGCAAAUCGAUUCAAGAAGAUCGCAAAAAUAAAUUCGGACAUGAUUCGGAAGAAGAUGCAAGAACUUGCAUUGAACUUCUGCGAUAUUAUAUUGAGAAUAAUUCUUGA